AUGGAUCACCACCCGAUGGAUGAGGAGUUUUCCACAUACGUAGAGGUCUUCAACUUCGCCUUCUCUCUGUGCUUCAUGCUAGAGAUGGCCCUCAAGGUGGGCCUCUAUCGGAUUGCGGCACUUGGACCCCGGGAGUACGCAAAGGACAACUUCAACCUGUUCGACGGUUUCAUCGUUAUUAGCGGGUUGCUGGAGCUCAUCCUCUCGCCACCCGAUAUCUUGACUGGCGAGACGGGGAAUACUUCGGGCGGAGCACUUUCGGCGCUGAGGUCGUUCCGCCUGUUCAGAGUUUUCAAACUCGCAAGGGAGUGGCACUCCAUGCGCGAGCUGCUCAACACGCUGGGAAAGACGCUGCUAGACAUCGGCAACUUUGGGAUGCUCCUGGUGCUCUUCAUGUACAUCUACGCCCUCGUAGGCCUGCAGUUUUUCGCCAACCGCUUCCGCUUCAACGAAGUCGGCGAGGUGGUGGGAAUAGGCGAGCCGGGCUACUACACCGCGGAAGUGCCAAGAUCAAACUUCGACACUCUCAUGAAUGCGUUCACUACGAUUUUCGAGGCGAGUCGCUGUUCUACCAUCCUGUCCGGAGAGAACUGGAACACGGUAAUGUACGACGCCCGACGAGCGACGGGCUGGGUAAGCGUCUUCUACUUUGUGAGCCUCAUCAUCAUGGGAAUGAUGAUCGUCAUGAACCUGUUUUUGGCCAUCCUUCUAUCCAACUUCACCAACAAGGACGACGUUGACGCGGAGGCCGGCGGUGGUUCGGGUAACGGCGAGAACGCGGGGCCACCCGUCGAACACCCGGGUAGUCCACGAGUGGCGCCUUACAACCCGAUUUCACCUCCUCCCUCCCCACAAAGGCCGAAGUUGGGGUCCAGCAAGUCUCUGACAAAAACGCUUGCCAAUCAACAGAGCUUCAAGCCAGGCGGUGACGGGACCACGGGUAAGCUAGUCACGAUAUCAUCCAACGUCGGCAGAGGCGGUGACGACGGGAACGAAAUUAAGGUCGGCAGCGGAAGGCCGAAAUUCGUGGUUCGCGCGGGGCGGGCGUGCAAGCGAUUCGGGGCAGACAUGUACGAGGCCUGCCGUAGCGCCAUCUUCGGGCUGAGGGUUCCCGAUGACCUUGACCCCGGGAAGGCGCUGUUCGUACUCGGACCGGACAAUAAGCUGCGGCAGGGGUGUGCCGCCGUGGUGCACAACCCCGGCUUCGACCGCUUCAUCCUCCUCCUCAUCUCCGUUAGCUCACUGGCGCUGGCGCUAGACAGCCCCCUGCGGAACCCGGAGUCCGCGACUGCCAAGUACUUGAAAGGCGUGGAGCGGGUGAUGACGGCCCUGUUUUUUAUCGAGAUGACCCUUAAGAUCUGCGCCCACGGAUUCGCGCUCAUGCCGAAGGCGUACCUGCGGAGCGCGUGGAACAUCCUUGACUUCGUUGUGGUGGUGAUUUCCAUGAUCCAGCUGAUCACGAACGAUUCGGGGAAUCUCGAGAGCCUGCGGUCUCUGCGCACGCUGCGGGCACUUCGACCACUAAGGAUGAUCAACCGAGCACCGGGUCUCAAGAUAGUCCUGAACGCCCUGUUCGCGGCCAUUCCCGACGUGCUAAACGUGGCGGCGGUGUGUUUCAUGUUCUUCAUCAUCUUCGCUAUCCUAGGCGUCAACUACUUCAAGGGCAUUCUCAUGUCCUGCCAGGGGGAAGAGUUCGAUGCUCUUCCCGAGAGCGUCGCUCUGUUCAUCGAAGAACCGACUUCGUGGGACGCUAUGUCGGCUGACCAGCAGUCGUGGUUCGGCCCUCUCAGCAACAUCUCCGCGGCGUUCUCGAUCAACGGCACCGGUGGCUUCACCACCGCGAGCGCCUGCGGGAGUAUUAGCGCCGGCUGGCCUGACUCCGGCGGGUGUUGCACGGAAUGGCCGUCUUCUGCUUCGAGCGUUCCCACCAGCUACCAGGUGUGCGAGUGCCUCGGCCUGGAUUGGGAUCAGACGGUUCCACAGCAGUUCGACAACGUCGCUCAGGCCCUGCUCACGUUCUUCGAGAUUUCCACGACGGAAGCCUGGACGUCGGUCAUGUACGCCGCCGUAGAUGCGACCGACGUGGACAUGCAGCCAAUCAGGGACAACCGCGUGAUGAUAGUCUGGUUCUUCAUGCUGUUCAUGCUCAUCGGCUCGUACCUCGUCAUGAAUCUCUUCGUCGGUGUCAUCAUUGACAAUUUCAACAAGAUGAAAUCUAGAGCCGAAGGUGACGGAGUUCUCGUCACGGAGGAGCAACAGUCCUGGAUCAAGACGCAGCACAUGACGCACCGCCUGAGGCCAUUGAAGCGUGUCACUCUGCCCGGGGAUCCUGUGGGAGACUGGUGCUACAAGGUGUCACACCACAAGUGGUUCGAUGCGUCCGUCAUGAUUUGCAUCGUCCUCAACACCAUCGUCAUGGCAAUGCAGUUCUUCGGGCAGGGGACUGUGUACACCAGGUGCAUCGAGGGAGCCAAUUAUAGUUUCUCCUUCAUCUUCACUGUUGAAGCAAUCAUCAAGAUCCUAGCAUUCCGACGGGCGUACUUCAUCGACCCGUGGAAUCGCUUCGACAUCUUCAUCGUCAUGGGCACCAACCUCGGCCUGGCGAUGCUGUGGAUGACCGGACGGAGCUACGGCUCCAUCGCCACCAUCAUCCGCACGUUCCGAAUAGGACGCGUGCUGAGACUCGUGAGGGGUCUGGAGUCGAUGGCCCAGCUGUUCAACACCCUGCUGCUGACGUUGCCCAGUCUCGGAAACGUCGGAGCUCUCUUGUUCUUACAGUUUUUCAUCUACGCGGUCAUGGGCGUGCAACUGUUUGCUACGGUAAGCGAGCCGGGGCAUUUGUUCUCUUCGCUAUGGACUCAUAAUGGUUAUGCCCUUAUCAUGGUGGGACUGAGGGGCGCAGUGGACGAGCAGGCCAACUUCCAGACCUUCUGGGGGUCGAUGGUGCUGCUGCUGCGGUUCAGUACGGGUGAGAACUGGAACGGGUUCAUGUACGACAUGGUGGCUGAGCGAGAGGACUGCGUGUCGAACCCCGUGUACGAUCCGGACAUGUGCGGGUUCACGUCCCACGCCAACUGCACUCCGCUCAACGGCUGCGGUAGCUGGUCAAUCUUCCCCUACAUGAUCAGCUUCACGCUCACCAUCACGUACGUCUUCAUGAACCUGUUCAUCGGAGUCAUCCUCGACGGUUUCGACGCGGCCUCCGCGAGCGACCAUGACGUCAUCAAACAAGAGGACUUCGCGCGCUUCGCCAGCCAUUGGGCGGAAUUCGACCCUCGUGCCACGUGCUUGAUCUCGGUCCAGGACUUGCACGACUUCCUACAAACCUUGUUCGCGCCAUGGGGAUUCGGUAAGGACUACCAGGCGUCAGACCGGGAAGUGCGCGCCCACAUUAGACGCCUCAAGCUGCGCAUCUUCAACGACAACAAAGUGCACUUCAAGGCGAGUUUUCUUGUGGGCAACAGAGUAGUGUUCAUGUGGUUCCAGGGUCCAGGAUCCAACAUGACGAGCAUCAAUGAAGGGAGAGGCGGCGUCGUCGACGACCGAGGAAGUGUCUCAGAGGGGGGGCGAGGAGAUAUUGGGGGGCAGGACGACAUGAUACCCAGUUCGAUUGGUAAGAGUAGGGAGACGGCAAGGCCGGUCGGAGGGAGCACAGCGGAGCGAUCCGUCAGGGUGGCUUCUAGUGGUGGUGAUGGCGAGUGGUCCGUACAAUCCGUGAACAUUGGAAAUGAUCACAAGAAGAGUUCUCUGCCCAAGUUAGGAGAGACAAGAGAAGGGGGAGGAGGGAGGGGUGGUGGGGAUGGGGCAGGUAAAUCCGUCAGCGGGGCGCCGGAAGAAGUGCGAGCGUCGUCGGGGAAACGGUCACGAAAUUCCCGGCACAGGAACAGCACUCGAACACCCAGGAAAGGCAACGGGGAUGGGGACGAAGGAGCACCAUCGUCUCCAAUGUCCUCGGCGAAAGGCGCCAGAAACAGCGAAAGAUUGCAAGUAGGCCUAGGGGAUCGGGACGGGGAGAGGGAAAGAGGCGCCAGCGGGAUAAUGGGGGCCGAGGGGAGAAGAGAGUCAGCGGGGCACGACAAAGAUGGUGCCGAGCGGAUAGAGAUUAGUAGGACAAACUUAUCACCAAGUAGCAUUUCAUCCUCGAUCUCAAUAGCGGCCUCAGGAUCGUGCUCUAUUGCUUCUGAUCGGAUAGAAGUCGAGUCACGGUUAUUAAUUGAUUCCGGCCACAACGGCGGUGGCGGUGAGACGCGGGAGAAUCGUACGGCAGGCGGGGAACAGAGGGCGCCACCGCCGCGGCUUGACUUGUAG